GCUCUGGGCUGCUGAUUGAGUCAGCCUUAGUCCCUCACUGCACGUCUCCUGAAGUUCAGCCCUGAAACUCGGCUGCCAGGGGAGCCGAAGUCACCCUGCGAAGGUGUCUGAGCCAUACUGGACCCCUCCAGGGAGCCACGUGUGCCCAGCUGGGGCACUGCCCCAGCUGAUGCCCCACAGGGGUCCCCCGUCUCAAGAGGGACUCUGGACCCUGCCCUGCCUCCUCAUGGCGCAUGAGCCAGAGCCUGAGACUGAUGGACUGUUAGACCUCAGCUUCCUGACAGAAGAGGAGCAGGAGGCCAUUGCCGACGUCCUGAAGCGAGAUGCCCGCCUUCGCCAGUUGGAGGAGGGCCGGGUCAGCAAGCUCCGGGCCUCGCUGGCAGACCCCGGGCAGCUGAAGAUCCUGACGGGAGACUGGUUCCAGGAAGCGCGCUCACAACGGCACCACCAUGCCCACCUUGGCUCUGACCUUGUCCGAGCCUCUAUCCGCAGAAAGAAGAGCUCCAGGGGUGAGAGGAGAUCCCUAGGGUCGGGCUGGCUGCACGCAGCCCAGGGCACUGGGUAUACAUGGACAGGAAGAGAGGGCCCCUGGUACUGUGUGUCUUUGGGUGGGCACCACCCCUCCCAGGAGCAGGAGGUAAGUGAGCAUCUUCAAAGGCCAGACUUCCUGAGACUGAGGGUUCACAGAACUUCUCACCCAGGCACGGGAGACCAGGCUCCAGGCAGCGAUAGGGAGGCUGAGGCCGCGGCUGCUGAAGAAGAAACUGAAGAGGAGCUGGAGCCCAGGCUCCCCACGGACAAGGCCCCCCAAGAGAUGCUCAGCAAGGCUGAGGAACCUGAUUCUCCCUCACCAUAUGUCCCCCUAAAGACUUCAGAGCAUGAGGAAGAGCCCCAGGCCCAGGAAGCCCCGGGCCCAGGGGCCCCACAGGUCUACGCGGUGGAGGCGGACCCGGAGCCCAAGCCGCGGUCGCGGGGAGAGGAGCCACCGCCUACUACAGCCCAGACCCAGGCGGCGCCAGAGAUCCUGGAGAACGGAGAGGAGGCCCCGGGGCCCGGCCCCUCACUCGACCGCAUGCUCAGCAGCAGCUCCUCCGUGUCCAGCCUCAACUCCUCCACGCUGAGCGGCAGCCAGUUGAGCCUGUCCGGGGAGGCGGAGGCGGGCGCCGUGCAGGUGUGCGGCUCUGUGCACUUCGCGCUGCGCUACGAGCCGGGCACCGCGGAGCUGCGCGUGCACGUGAUCCAGUGCCAGGGCCUGGCGGCCGCGCGACGCCGCCGCUCGGACCCCUACGUCAAAAGCUACCUCCUCCCGGAUAAGCAGAGCAAACGCAAGACGGCGGUGAAGAAAAGAAAUCUGAACCCGGUCUUCAAUGAGACUCUGCGGUACUCCGUCCCGCAGGCCGAGCUCCGGGGCCGCGUGCUGAGCCUAUCCGUGUGGCACCGCGAAAGCCUUGGUCGCAACAUCUUUCUGGGCGAAGUCGAAGUGCCUCUGGACACGUGGGACUGGGGCUCUGCAUCCACCUGGCUCCCCCUGCAGCCCCGGGUCCCGCCCUCUCCCGACGACCUUCCCAGCCGCGGGCUGCUCUCUCUGUCGGUCAAGUACGUCCCCGCCGGCUCCGAGGGAGCGGGACUGCCCCCCAGCGGGGAGCUGCACUUCUGGGUGAAGGAAGCUCAGGGCCUCGUGCCGCAGCGCUCAGGAACCCUGGACUCCUACGUACAAUGUUCAGUGCUGCCUGAUGACAGCCGGGCCAGCCGCCAAAGGACAAGGGUGGUGCGACGCAGCCUCAGCCCUGUGUUCAACCAUACCAUGGUUUAUGAUGGCUUCGGGCCUGCUGACCUGCGCCAGGCCUGUGCUGAGCUCUCCCUCUGGGACCAUGGGGCCCUGGCCAGCCGCCAGCUGGGGGGUACACGCCUCAGCUUGGGCACAGGCAGCAGCUAUGGGCUGCAGGUGCCCUGGAUGGAUUCCACACCAGAGGAGAAGCAGCUGUGGCAGACACUCCUGGAGCGACCAUGCGAGUGGGUGGAUGGCCUUCUGCCCCUCAGAACCAACCUGGUCCCCAGGACAUAGUUCUCCUAUAAGCCACCCAACUCCUCUCGGGACCCCCAUCUCAGGGCCUGCCCUUGGCUAAAACCAAUAAAGUUUAUUCUAAGGGCA